AUGCUGACCGCGAUACCGGAGAAGGUCGAGAAGAACGAAGUCCGCCAGGCCGAAUCAAUUGAAAUGAGCAGGCAGACAAUGCAAUCGCUCGCCCAUCCCCGCGAACGGGCAAUGCAGGUGCAAGAAAAGCUGGAGGAGACGCAAGAACAACUGAGGCAGCUGCAAGGGGAUGAGAAAGAAACCCAAGACCAACUGAAACACUUGGAGGCUGAGCAGAAAGAGACGCGAGAACAAAUCUUAGGCAUCAAAGCAGUCCUGGAGCACCAGAGCCCCCAGCCAUCCCACGCAGAGGUUGUCAGGAUCCCGCUCACAACAAACUUUUGA